AUGAUUUGUCACAAAGCCAUCGAUGUUCUUGUUGAAUGUGAAACAUUGGAAUACGUACAUGAUGAAAAAGGAAUGGCCGUUAUUGGAGAUAUUCAUGGCUGCUUCGCCGACCUAAUGAAUGCUAUCAAUUUUUCUGGUUGGCCUGAAAGGACUCUUAUUUUUCUCGGUGAUUAUAUAGAUCGAGGGAACGAAAAUAUAGAAGUAAUCAUGUUUUUGUUGCUUCUGAAGAUCUAUUAUCAGAAAAAAAUGAUAAUACUUCGUGGAAACCAUGAAACAGUGGAAGAGAAUUGCCAAUUUAAUUUGCCAGGCGAUGCAAGUUUUGAAUUAUACAUAUUGUUGCAUUUCAUUGCAUUCUUAGCUGCAGCUGCCAAAGCUAGAACUUUGCCUUUUGUACGGCCACAUGAUGCUAGACUGAGGAAAAAUUAUGGAAAAGAUGCACGAAUGCUUUACUAUAAUCUGAAUAGAGUUUUUGAUUAUUUGCCGCUAGCUGCCAUACUCUCAGGUAAAGCAUGUAAUAAUUGGAAUUUCGAUGACUAUUUAGAUCAAAUUUACUGUUGUCACGGUGGGAUAUCACUCUACAAAUUCAUUCGUAACGAUAUUUCGCAUAUUUCUCGUCCAACUAGCUGGUUAAACACAGAAAUAAAUAUGAUUGAUUCGCUGAUUAUAACAGAUAUUUUAUGGUCAGAUCCUGCUGAAACUCAACAGAAGCAACCAUUUGUACCAUCUGAUCGUGGUGUUUCAUAUUUCUUCAGUAAAGCAGCGCUAAUCGCGCAGUUGCGCCACCUUAAUUGUCGUGCCUUAAUACGCGCUCAUUGCCCAUAUGAAAGUGGUUUAACUCGAAUGUUGGAUGGAUUCUGCUAUACGGUUCAUUCAACUAGAAACUAUGGCAGCAAUCGCAAAUACCAUUCUGCGAUUCUUCUUCUCAAUUUAAACCCAGUAACAGGUUUAUUGUAUGGCAAAGCUACCUAUUAUGACGCUGGAAAAGCAAAUUUACAGCAGAUUAUCGCUGAUAUACGAUGCGAAAUUUUGAACGGAAGGUUUUUUUUCCCUAAAAUUAUGAAUACGAUAUUUAUAUUUGGGUAUAUACUGUCUUUACGUCUUUACGAACAACUUCUGCAGAAAGCACAAAGGAAAGAAUUUGCGAAAUUCGCAAAUAAUGCGAAACACUUAUCCAUUGGUUGCACUCAAUGUUCAUUAUGGCAAAGUGGUAGCAUAACGGUAGAAGAAAUGGUCUGGGAUCGCUGCCUUUCUCACGAACAUCUAAUUGAUAUUAUAUAUGUUAGCAAUAUUAACAUUUCUUGA